UGUCCGUGUGAGAGCAGCACCUCUGUAAACCCCACACUUUCUCUUUCUGCCAGCCUCACUAUAGACUUGAAUAUUUUCUUCUUGAAUAGUGUUUUGUGUAUGUUUUUGUUUUUUAAAAGUAGAAUGUGUGCUGGUGGCUUCUUUUCUCACAGGAUUUGAAUUUUACAGAUGAAACAAAAAGAAAUGCUCUGUCUACGUGACUCCGGGGACUGCUUACGGGAACAGAUGCAGUACAUGAUGAGGUCACUGCAGGACCUGAAGCAGGUGAGGAGAACUUGCCCUGCCCCCAGACGCCCCCUCGCACCCAUCAGCGGACAGCUCCCAGCCCUGAGCCGUCACUCUGCUGUGGCACGCGCUUGUCAACGGAGAGCUCUACAACGAGAACAGCGCACGCACCUGCGGAUGUCUGACGCCAGCACGGCCAGCACGUAUGACUCUGCCUGCUGUCUGGCUGGUCCUCUGGAGGAAGAGGAGGAGGAUGAGGAGGAUUCGAGCAGCGGUCUGGGUUUGAGAUCUCCUAGCAGUCACAAGAGUUUGGAGUUUGAUUCCGGCUACUCUGAAGCAUCAUGGCGGGAUGAAGGUGUGGUUCUCAGGAGGACCAGGAAUGUCAGAGUGUCUUCUUUAGCCUGCCUCCGCACAAACAGGGUGGAGAGCGAGCACGCUCGACCCAAAUCCACUUCAGAUGCCUGUCUGGAGAGGUGGACCUCGUUUGAAGUGAGCGACCCAGACGACUGGGCCAACUCUUUGUUAACCAAAAGACGCAGCCGGCAGCCUCUAGUUCUGGGCGAUAACAGCUUUGCUGACCUCAUACAGAACUGGAUGGACUUGCCAGAUUGUCCUGAGCCCACUGAGAUGAAGCCGAGUCCUCGACGGAGACUAGGCAGAGACUUCUUUGUCAACAUGAGACGGAAACUGGCUGGAAUUUCCAAGAACGUAGAGGACAGAGUGAGGCUGAGGUCCACUGACUCUUCUCAUGUUAAUAAAACUGCUAAUGCUCCAAAACGCCUAUCCUGUCCAGUUGGAGCAAUCCAGUCCAAACUUCCUUUCUUCCACCAGUCUCACUCAGCCAUUAAUGAACUAGACACAGACUUCUACCAGUUUGCAGCUCUGCUCAAGUCAGGCAACCGGCAGCCCAUAAUCUGCAAAGACAUCAUCGGCUACAUAUGACGAGUGUCAGCUUCUACUGAUACACCGAACAAUCCU